GAAUAACUAAACUCUCAAAGGAUAAUGGUUCUGCAGGAAGAUCAAGGUGUCGAAUUCUUUGUACAGUUUGGCGAAUUGCAUUAAAUGAAGGAAGUCUUAUAGACUUUAGUGAAGAGCACGAUAUUGAUUUGUGUCCACAAGUAGUUUUAACUGACUUUGAAUCAGCUGUCAUUAAUGCUAUUCAAUUAGAAUUUGAUAAUGUUCAGCACAAAGGAAUUCAAACAUCUGGACUUGCUAUAAGAUACGGGACAGAUGAAAAUUUUAGUAUAUUAAUAAGGCAUAUUCCUGCUCUUGCUUUUUUGCCACAUAAUGAAAUACCUGCUGCUUUUGAUGAAUUGAAGACUCAUAUUCCAGCUGAGGCUAAUGAUAUUAUUAAGUGGUUUGAGGAAUACUACGUUCAUGGUAAAAUAAGACGUGUACAUAGAAAUGGUACUGAAAUUCGGUCAGAGCCACUAUUCCCACCCAAAUUCUGGUCUGUAUGUAAUAAUAUGGAAUUUGCUUUUCCAAGAACCCAGAAUUCAGUUGAAGGGUGGCAUCGGAGGUGGGAAACAUUGGUAAACUGUGCGCAUGCAGGGGUUUUUAAAAUAAUUAAAGAAAUUCAGAAGGAACAAACUAAUGUUGAAGUCAGUAUUGAGGCAGUUUUAAGAGGUGCUCCAAGACCACAACAAAGAAAACAUAUUGUAGAACAUGAACAACGUAUUCAAGUAGUGUUUAAUGAUCGUGAUAAUUGGUCUCUUAUGGAAUAUCUUAGAGGCAUUGCUCACAAUGUCUAUUUUUAG